ACCCCUCCCUUCAUUUCCAACACAAGAAGUUGUGACCAAUUCUUUCCUCUCACAUUCUUUAACUACUUCCUCCACCACUCACCUCCGCAAAUGGCCAGUCUCGCCACCACCAUGGUCAGCACCGCCCUGCUUCCGAGGAAGCCGGCUGCUGUGACUAGCCUACGUUCACUUCCAAACUUUGGGAAGCAAGCCCUUUUUGGACUCAAAUCUAGUGGUAAUGGAAAAGUAACCUGCAUGGCUACUCACAAAGUGAAAAUCAUCACCCCAAGUGGUGAACAUGAAUUCGAAUGCCCUGACGACGUUUACCUUCUCGAUCACGUUGAAGAAGAGUUAGGCAUCGAUCUGCCGUAUUCUUGCAGGGCAGGUUCUUGUUCUUCAUGUGCAGGUAAAGUUAUUUCAGGCAGCAUUGAUCAAGCUGAUGGAAGUUUUCUUGAUGAUGAUCAAAUUGGACAAGGGUGGGUCCUAACAUGUGUUGCAUAUGUACAAUCUGAUGUUGUCAUUGAAACCCACAAGGAAGAAGAACUCACUGGUUGAAGAUGAAUACAAUAAUUGGCUGUUGAAUGCUGAGGUUUAUUUGCUAUAUUUAUUGACUCUUUGUUUGCUUGUUAAAUGGAACAUGAUUCUUGUGUUUCUGAACUAGUACCUACUUUUAUGUGUAAUUCUUAUUUAGUUUUGUUCAAUGUCAUUAGUUAUUGUACCA